UCCUUGUUUCAGCCACACCCCGGACGGUCCCCAAUUACCGGGCCGACCAAUUAAGUACGGUAACCCGGUCGCCGUGUCAACAAACAACACAACACUGCUAUCGUCAUGAUUUGAGCUCAAGGCUUCAUGAACCCUCAAGCACAGAGAUUUCCGUUCUAAAAGUUGCCCAUAAUGGCGCUUCAGACGCCGUCUCCCAUGGUCUCAUCGCCAGACCCUUUGGGAAAUUCUCAAGAAUCUUCUUAUUUCACUCUUAGCAGCCCGAGAAAAGCUCCUAGAACGCCGCUCGCCGAUUCCUCGAAUAAUGCGAGAUCAUUACAAUUACAAAAUUUCGUUCUACAAACACCCCCGAUUAAUUCUGCGGGAAAGAUUAGAUCAUCGCCUGCACGCACAUCAGCACAAACCGAAAACAUAAUCAGCCCGUGGAGGAUACGGGUUACAGUGGAAGCCGAGCAUGAUGCAGGCCAAGAGAACGCUGAAAGUCUUUUGUUUGCAAACCAGAAGAUUUCGUCAACAAAAGGUCAAGCGGUCCGCACAACAACCACGAGCAUUCCGCUCAAAGAACCUGGCUCCAGUUCCCCGAGAAAACCUGGAAGACCAAGGAAAAAUGGUAAUGGUACGCCAGUGAGAAAAUCAAGCGGCACACCAAAGCCAAGAAGCGUGAAGGGCCGAAAGACGCUUGAGUCUGAAGUGGACGGAGACAAAUUUCCUACCCCCGUGGGCAGAAGAAGUGUUAGCCUCAAGCACUUUGCGACGACAACGAACGAAGGUAUUAGCAUCUCCUCAGACGAGUUGAGCCUUGCCUUUAGAGAUCAGCCAGACUUUGAACAGACUCCUAUAAUCGGGAUUCAGAAAAGACGCACUGAUCAAAGUCUGAGCAAGAGCGCAGUCAUAUCUAAUGCCAGUCGGAAAGCAAGUAGCCCGGCCAAACUGGUUGGAAAUACUCCUUCAAAUGGACGCAAUUCGGUUCACGCACCCACGAGGAACGCAAGCAAACUCAUUGAACGACCAAACGAUUCAAUUUCAGGAAACCUAAAUAGUUAUAGCGAGGAAAGAGACGAGGUGAGGGAUCUACCAGAGUUUGACUCCAUUCUCGAUAGUGAGGGCUUCAGCAUGGUAUCAAUAUCAUCCCUUCCGUCAGCCAAGGAGCACCUUAGCAGCCCCGCCUUGUUGGAGGAAGCAAACAGCAAUGUUCGUCAGGGAAGCUUACAUGAUGGUUUCUCGAGAAUAAGCAACCGGUCAACGAAUGCGAAAGUCAACAAUCAUACAGCCCCACAAAUUGGGAGCAGCUUUUUGGCCGCCAGGCCGAAAAGUAGAAUUUCCUAUGAAUCAUCUCUGAUGUCGCAGGAGCGAAAUAUCGAAAAGCUGGACUCCAGCACAAUAAUGAUGUCCUCCCCUCCACAGCUCCUUACUCGAAAUCCUGCAGAGGUAAAUCAGACGCCAUCAGUCGCGUUUUCUUCGCCUCAAUUGCCGCCUCCGCCCCCGCGACAAUCUCCAGCCAAGCACGAUCAUCAUUUUAAAAGCGGUGAAGACGGCAAGCUUUCCGGCGUUAUUCAAGCUGGAGUCUCCCUUCAGAGUGUGACGGACUCUAACGCUAGCGAAGGAAGUCCUCAAAACAGUCCAGCAAAGGGCAGCUUUGGACAAUCAACUCUAUCCUGAGCAGAGGCUACCCUCGGCUUCUUACCCCAGAUGACGGGCUUGGUUCGGCAUUGCAGCGACCUUUUUCA